AUGGACGAUCGUCAAGUCCAUUAUCGAAUUCUCAACGAGCUUUCAGAACCUAUUAAAAUCCAAAUCUUCAAUGAAGACCCUGACGACCUUCAAGAUGAAGAGGAUGAAGAAGACGAUCAGGAAAAUGAUAAUGAUGAUGAAGAUCUUUUUAAUGGUUAUGCGCCACUGACACGCGAGCAAAUACCGCCGGGCCAAGAGUGGACCUACAAGAAGCAGUGCGCCUGUGGUGACUGCUGCGUGGGAACGAUCAAGGUGGACACUGCCAACGACAGAAUGUUCUUGGUAGAUGCCAACGAAACAUCGUCGAAUAAGAAAAUCACACGCCAAGUAAUGACAACAAUCUGCAGUGAUAACGAGACGGUAGGUGAACAAAGCUGCCAGAGCCUGGAUUGUGACGAGCAACAACAAAGAGAGGAGGACUCUGAACAACAAAGACCCUUGGUCGUCAACUUGACCCUCGAAGUGAAAGUGGAUGAUUCUCCAAAAAUAGACAAAGAAGAUCCCUUGAUUGUCAACCUGAUCCUCAAAGCAGUCCCUGCUUCAGCUACAUCUACUGAAAAAGAAAUAUCCCGCGAUUGUCUCAGCCCUACUUCCGUAAACGGCAUGCUCCAACGACUGCAAGAUAUCGAAACCAUGAUCGCCAUAGGCCACGAAGUCCCAGAUUCGCUGGAUGAGCAGAUAUCGGAGCGAUCCAAGCUUUCUCAGUUCUCCGAACGGUCAAAGCUUUCUUCGCUGUCGGAGCGAUCCAAGCUUUCUCAUGUAUGA